GAACCCGGGCUCAGACAUUUUCUAAUUUUAUUUUUAAUUUUCCUUAACGACUUCGUUUAGUAUCCUUCUUCUCUGGGUAAACUCAUUUUCAUUUCUCCAUUAUUCCAAUUUUCAAGUUCCAGAAAUACCGAAAACAUAUAACAAUUCUCUCUCUCUCUCUCUCUCAUUCCAAGUUUUCUUUUAUUGUACUUUCUUCAAAUCCCAAAUCUUCCGUACUUCUUCUAGAAACUUCUCGAAGCAUCAUCACUGCCAUGGAUUGGAGCAACGUCACGGCGGAGGAUCUUGUGGACGCCCUCCGCGAGGUCGAUUGGUCAUCGCCGCCGCGUCCCGUGUCAGAAUUCUUCUCCCGAUUCACUUUUCCCAGAUCAUACGCGAAGUGGAGUAGCCGCCUUAAAUGCAAUCUUUACUAUUACCGAACCAACUACUUCAUUUUGAUCAUUUUUAUUCUUGGGUUGGGCUUUCUUCGGAGGCCAGUGUCUCUUCUGGCUGCUUUCCUUACAGCUCUUAGCAUUGCUUUUCUAAAUGACAGCUUUGCAGGUACUUUUAGUGAGAAGGUAACAAGAACGGUCAGGCAAUUCUCUCCACAUUUAGCAGCAAAGAUGAGGCCUCCGCUUACGCCUGUUAUUCGUGGACGUCCAUCAGCUAAGAGAACAAUACAUAUAUGUGGUCGGCCUCGCUGGGUGUUUGUUUUGUUAUUUUCUUCUGUGAGUUUCAUUCUUUGGUUUGUUUCUGCUGGUUUGUUGACUGUUCUUUGGGCACUUGCUAUUGGACUUCUUGCCACCGUGCUACAUGCAAGCUUUAGAACACCAAACUUGAAAGCACGUCUGAACACAUUUCGUGAGGAAUUCCGUGCAGUUUGGCGCAACUACAGUGAGCUGUAGAUUAUAUAGUUCCUACAACGGAAUUUAGUGUCAAUUAUCACUCAUACAAGUUGCUAUUCUGAAUUUGAGCUAAAAUGUUGUUAAUGUUGUUGCUGUGGGGGUGGGUAAAAAGUGAUCUCAUUUGGCUGGAUAAGUUUUCUCAGGUGAAGAAGGUUGCCAAUCUUUCUUGAUCCCAAAAGGGCUGUAAAUUGUAAUGAAUGCUUUCUUUUUCCUUUAUUUUUCUGUAAAGCAAAUUGUUCACUAUUUAUUUUCCAUAUAUUCGUCAGAAAAAUAUUGGAGAAUUUCUAUAAUGAAGUAAUAGUUGCUAACAA